AUGGACGCCUGUGGAAGAGCAAGACAAGAGGCACUUGCCCCCUCCCUUGAAAUAAAUAUUAGCAUUAUUUAUUUAGCAAACAUUUUGGGAGUUUGUUUUGCUUUUGCCUCCUCCACUAAAAUUCCACCUAUGGGCGCCUAUGUGGAUGUGUCACGGUUGCAUGUGAAAAUUGAGAAGGUAUCAUAUAAUAUAAAGCUAGCAUAUUAGUUUAUAUGAUCUGUACGCAACGAUAACGAUAAACCAUUGCAAACGAAAGCCAAUUCUGAGGAAUUUCGAUUAAACAUGAUACAUAAUGCCGUGAUUUUACAAUGUCAAUUGAAUGUUCAACUUUAAACACUUAUAAAAAAACUUCUAUACGCAACUUUUUUUAUCACUAUAAAAACAUCUCAUGAUGAACCUCGUGAAAAUGCAAUUUUUUACUUGAUAUUAAUUUAGCACCUACACGGAAUGUUAGAAUACAGAAGAACCGAAACAAUUACGAAAGCGGUCCAGAGGCAUAUUUCCGUCGGUCCAUAUUUCUUCGUUUAUUGGACCACUUAUCAAUGCAGCUAAAAAUAAGUUUUCUUGAACACCGGGAACUACUUUCAACAAUUCAAAAUACUCUGCCUAAACUAAGUGUUCUGAGCUAAAUACAGAAGAAAUCAGUGAAACGGUAAAUACUUUUGCAAAAGAAUGGCCAAAUGACAUCAAGGGAUCUACUGAUGAUUUUAUAGCUGAGAUGACCAUGUGGCGCAGGUAAAAAAAUAUCUUUUAUGUAUAUAAAUAUUUGUUGUGAUCUAUAUUAAAACAUCAAAUGCAUUGUUGUUUCAGGCAUUGUUUAAAUAUGUUAAAGGAUAAAUGGUUAAAAAUAUUUAUUGACACUCUCAACAAUUGUGAUUCUGUAUUGUAUCAAUCAAUACACCGAUUUUUACAGAUUAGUACAACUCUUCCCGUUUCUAUGGCAACAAAUGAACGGUCUUUUUCUUGUCUUCGAAAAUUGAAAACAUAUCUGAGCAACAAGACUGGUGAGGAGUGAUUUAAUGGAUUGAUGCUAUUAAACUUAUACAGAGACAUACAAAUAAUUUUAUCGUAUUUAUAUUCAUUAGUUAAUUUCAUAAUAUUAUGUUAAUUACCGAUAUUGUAUACUAAAUCUUAUUGUCAUUCACACUACCUACUGUACCUAUUCUACAAGAGUUUACCUCGUUUAUUGUCAUACGGUUAUAAUUCAGUUAAUAAAAUAGUCCUAAUAUAUAAAAAAAAUCAUAAAUAUUUCUAUUAGUACAGAGUACUUAAAAAAAUAUUUAAAAGAAGCUGUUUAAAAUUAUUUUUAAUAGGUACACAUACUUAAAGUACUCGAAGAGACCCAUAUUUUGAUGUAUUGAUCAACAAUGUAAUCCAAAUUGAACAGUUUUUAUAAUACUUCAAAUUUGAAAAGUGUGUCUAUUGACCCUAUUUUACGGUAUGUACUCGCACAUAAAUAAAAUAAAUAUAAUACGUUUGGCGUGAUAAACUAAAAAAAAACAACUGAUGUGGUAGUUAUUAAAAAUACUACAUACUAGGAUAGAAAAAUCAAAUGGCAUAGGGUAAUUUUUGGAAGUGAAUUGUUAUUUGAUAGGUACCUAUAUUAUGUUUGGUUUAAACAUUUUAUGUGUACUAUUGUACUAUGAUAAUAUUAACAUAUUAUGUUAUAUUACCAUUUACAGUUACACAGAGGUAUACUAUAUAAUUUGUAUGUUACGCCAUGUCAUUAUUUUUACUAUUAGUGUUUUAACUAUGUACGAGGUAUAGGUACAUUGAUAAUAAUAUUAAUACUAUAAAUAAUUUAUUCCGUUCCCGCAUAAUCGAGAAUAUUCAUUUAGCCUCGCGACAUGGAAAAAAUUCUUAAAAAGUAAUAUAUGUAGCAUGGCACUCUUUAGAUGUAAAACUUAAGCAAUCAAUUCAAUAGAAAAAAAUAGUCAGGAAGCCUUUAAAAUGUAGUGCUUCACAGGAAAAUACUAAAGAUACCUUGGACUAAAAGGGGACAUGACGAAUGAAGAGGUAUUAGACAAAAUAAAGGACAAGCGACAGUUAUGAAAAAGCAUUCAAUCCAGAAAAGAUAAGAUGAUUUUACACAUAUUAAAAGACAUGAAAACCUACUAAAGACAAUAAUCAAAGGAGAUGUAAGACACAUAGAAAGAGAAAGACCAAAGACAGAAUACACGACCCAGAUAAUGAAGGAUAUGAAUAAAUAAAGCUAAAAGACCUAAAAAAAUUGAGUUACAACAAACUAAUCUAAGCAUGAAUAACAAAAAUAAAAACUUUAUGUUCUUUAAAAACAUAAACCUUUUUUUAGGUAGAAGGUUGUUACGCGAAUAAAAUUGUUAAUAUAAAUUAAUAUUUACACACAAGUAAUCUGAAAUUGUUUGUCGCAUAUAUAUAAGAGCUAUUAAUAAGGGUGUGCCAAACCGAAAGCGUUCUCAUGUAACAGCAAAAAUCACAUGUUGAUGGGCCAUAAAGAAAACGUGUCCAGGUCAGGACAACAAAAUACAAGGAGAUAUUGACGGUGGCGUACAUCACCUAAACCCUGACCAAGGCGACAGAUGCAGUAUAAGAUGACCGCGCAGAAAAUUAAUAAAAACAUUUUAGAAAUCGAAACUUAGUACAAAUUUCCAUCUAAAGAGCACACAACAGUUUUAUAAAAUUGAAUUAAAUCAGUUUUAUGUUCAGCCGAAAGAAGUUUAUAUAACUUUAUUAGUUCACAAUAUAGUGAGUUUUAUGAACUAAAUCUAAUAAAUCAGUUUUCCUAUAAAAUACAUAAAUCAACGAUUC